ACUUACUAGGAAAUCGACGACACGGUCUACAUUAGUGGCGGCUUCAUGUCAGACCCUCGCGCACCACCGCCUCGACCUCUCUACAAGCAGAACUCCUGGUCGCCGGACAUACUCCGUGAGGAGACAUGGCAGCGUCAGAAGAGCAAUUGGGGCAUGCGGAGUCUCAACCGCCGCAGCAAAAGCGUUUCAGACGAUGACUUGGAGGAACUGAAAGCCUGCAUUGAGCUGGGAUUCGGGUUUGAUUCACCAGAAAUCGACCCCAAACUCUGCCACACCUUACCUGCAUUGGAGGCUUACCAUGCUUUAAACAAGCAGCAGUUCAAUAAAAGCGUAUCAACAGAAGGGGAUGAUGCGGAGGUGGUGAAGAUGAGGUUAAAGCAGUGGGCGCAAUUGGUUGCCUGUGCGGUUCGGCAAUCAUCUUCUUCCGGAAGAUAACAAUACACUAUUUGAUCUUCUGUUACUAAUUUCAGAUUAAUUAUGACAAAUUGUAAAGCUUUUCUUGUUCUCAUUGUAAAGGAAAGAGAAACUGUAACGCUGAUUUAUAUAUAUAUAUUUUUUUUUGAGAAUACGCUGAUUUAUAUUUGGUAGAAAUUAUCAUACACCAGAAAGACUAUACUUUUAGCUCCAACAUUGCUUUUGUAAGCAAACACUUGUAUUUGUUCUUGUGAAAAUUUCAACAAUUGAAUUUAUCCUACUUUAUUCCUUCCCAUUGAA